UGUUAAUUGUGUCUGUCUGCAAACUGUGUGUACUGUAGUGUAGUUGUAUGAGUGUUGUGUUCUAUCGCACACAGGGUUAUUGAAUUCAAGCACAGUGUGUGCGAAAGCGGGAAAUGAAGUUUGACUGUUUUGCAUGUGAUAAUUGAACACUGUGACAUUAUUGAAUGAUAGGGUGAUGACUGACGAGUGAUUGAAAAGUUCCAUAAUUAACAGUCGACUGCACGCAGCUUAGUUUCACGAUACUCAAGUUAAUAAAAUAAGAAACCAUCAUGUUCAAUCAAAGCGCAACUCUUACGACGACGGCAGCAUCCGCUUCAAAUCCAAUGAAAGAUUUUGAAGUUGCUUCACCACCUGACGAUUCCAUAUCUUGUAUGGCAUUUAGCCCGGCAACAAUUCCUCAAAAUUUUUUAGUUGCGGGUUCAUGGGACUCUCAAGUACGAUGCUGGGAAGUUGAACAGACUGGCAAAACUGUUCCCAAGUCCAUGCAAAGUAUGACUGAGCCCAUUUUGGAUGUUUGCUGGAGUGAUGAUGGCACUAAAGUUUUUAUGGCUUCCUGUGAUAAACAAGUUAAAUGUUGGGAUUUGGCCUCCAAUCAAACUAUGCAAGUAGCUGCUCAUGAUGCACCAGUAAAAACUUGUCAUUGGAUCAAAGGUUCCAAUUAUACAUGUCUAAUGACAGGUUCUUGGGAUAAAACUUUAAAAUUCUGGGAUACUAGAAGUCCAACUCCCAUGCUUACCCUCAAUUUACCAGAGAGAUGUUAUUGUGCUGAUGUGGAUUAUCCAAUGGCAGUGGUAGGAACGGCUGGAAGGGGAUUGAUUGUAUAUCAAUUAGAAGGAACUCCUCAUGAAUAUAAAAGGAUAGAGUCACCUUUAAAGUAUCAACAUAGAUGUGUUGCCAUAUUUAGGGAUAAGAAAAAAGUUCCUACUGGAUAUGCUUUAGGAAGUGUGGAAGGCAGAGUUGCCAUUCAAUAUGUAAAUCCAACAAAUCCCAAAGACAACUUUACUUUCAAAUGUCAUAGAUCAAAUGGAGCUCCAAAUGGAUAUCAAGAUAUUUAUGCAGUCAAUGAUAUUGCGUUCCACCCUGUUCAUGGUACUUUAGCAACUGUUGGAAGUGAUGGAACAUUUAGUUUCUGGGAUAAAGAUGCUCGCACAAAACUUAAGCCUUCUGAACCAAUGGAACAAUCUAUCACUAGUUGUUGUUUCAAUCACAAUGGACAAAUUUUUGCAUAUUCUGUAUCUUAUGAUUGGUCUAAGGGCCAUGAAUUCUACAAUCCUAUGAAGAAGAAUUACAUUUUCCUUAGAUCUUGUUAUGAUGAAUUAAAACCAAGGACUACUUCAUAAAUUUUUGAACUAUUUUUUUGUGUAUUGAAUGU